CUAUACUAUAUUAAAAGGAGGAUAUCCUCAUCAGUGAGGCUCUCCACGUCACCCUAAAAAAUCAUCCAAUCAGGUUUUAACAUUUUACCACAUAAUUAAGUGAUUUCAGAUGUGUUUAAAUUUCUUUACGAGCCCCACAUAUUAAUCUAAAUGGCCCAGAAAACUCAUUUCAUUGAAAGCAUCGUGACAUUUUGCUCUUCCUCUUCUUCGUUUCCGUUUCACUAUACUCUGCAAUUUCUUAACCAUGAUCGAAAUAUCUAAUCCACAAUUACAACACUCUCUCUCUCACAGAGCUUUAUCCCCUUUCCCAUGGCGUCUUCCGUCACUUCUCGCUCCUUAUCUCUUUUCCUAUUCACUUCAAAACCUUCUUCGUUUCCCUCCGCCGCCGCCGCCACCACGCAUCUUCUCUUCCCUUCACUCAGAACCAACGCCUGUUUCGCGCCACUAACACUAAACCCCCGCCGCCGAGGGCGUUCAAUCGUCGUCAAAGUAGACGACGCCGACGGCAGAGGUGGACAGGACGAGUACGACAUGGUAAACGAGGAAGUGGAGGAAGUGGACAACAAAAAGGACUACGACGUCGAGUACGACCGCAGCGAUGGCGGCUGCGAGCGGCGGCGGCGAUGGGGACAUCGCGUUCGUGCAGAUCAAGAGCUUCACAUCGACGCAGGGGUGGAACUCGGAGAUGGUGGUUGAUUAUCGUAUAAACGAAGACGGGUUCCAUAAGAUCAGUUUGUAGGACUGUGAUUUUGUUUAUCAGGAAGCCGCCUGAUCCUGAUAACGAUGUUUAUGACUUCAGAGAGGUAUGUGAAAAGUUCUUCUCCGCUUUUAACUUUGCAUUCAAGCUGUUUUUACGUUUUCGACUAUGCGGCAGCGUUUCUGAUGUGGUGGUUAUAUGUGACUCCUCCGGAUAUGGAUAUUUACUCAGAUUCCAAGAGUUCUUGCUCCAAUGCCUCAAAAGGUUUAGCCUUUUAAUUUAUCCUUACUGGUUGUUGUUUCUGCACGUGUUUUACAACAUUCAAAGUAUGGUUGUGACCCCAAUGGUGAGAUUAAUCUUAUAACAACCUCUUCCUUCACAGCUUGAAUGUAAACUUCUCUCCUUGUGGUCAAUCUUUCUGCUUCAAUGAUGUUUACUUUCUCUUGAAGCUCUUUGAUGUAAGAAAUCCCAUCUUCGGUCGAUAUAAUCAGGUAUUGAUUAUAUUUUUCUCAACCUCUUUAUUAUUACCGGAAAAUGUCCAAAUUUUGUGAGUUCUAUUGGUAUUAUGCGAGAAGUAUUGAUUAUAUUCACUUACAAGUAUAUUCUAAGUUCUAGCACAUUAAAUUUGCAGAAUUUUGUAUUCAAAUCCUUGGUCAGUACUUGCUUUCCUGGAUGUCAUAUACAUGCUUGGUUCAACCACCAAGCAUAUGGAUCAGUAUUAAACGUGGAGUUUCCAUGAUAUUGGAAUGAAGGCCAAAUGAAUGGUGUAGUAUCAUUUAAGAAUUAUAAAGACCAAAACAACGGUCUCCAAGUGAUAUGCACAUGUGAGUUCACUAACGUAUCUUUGAGCCGGGAAAGCUUUAUUAUCGGUGGUUGGUCCAAACCAGGGGAUGAGCCACAUACGAUUGAGUCGGACCAUGUCUUUAUUGGCUACACUCUCCACUUAUUUUCUCCUUUUAAUCUCUAGGCAUUGUCGGUUCAUGUAUUUACAUAUACCUCUCCCUCUCUCUCGAUAAUUUUCUUCCAGAUUGAGUUUUGUGUAACUUUUAUUUUAUUUUGUGUGUAUGUAGGAUCCAGUUUCCUGAGACUAUAUAACCGAGACGAUGUUGAUUUGUUGGGCACAGAUGAUGACGCGGCCAAAUGAGGUGAGAUUCAUAAUUCUAUGUAAAUAAAUCUAAACCUUAUUUGGAUUCCAAAACCAAGAAAAUUGUGUGUUCAGAU